UUCAAAAUAUCUCACUAGAAACGAAGUCAUCGGGGUGCGAGAUGCUGCAGUUGUUGGGGCAAUGGCGUCUUACAUGCUUAAACAAGUAAGCUGCGGCGAGACUAGUGAUGGAGUAAAAUGAUCAUCCGUUUAUUCUGUCAUUUUGAGAUCAAAUCCAUCUUCUCAGGAGGAAACGCUUGUAUAUAGGAAAGCUAACGUGAGUAGCUUGACCACUUGUGCUGAGUUUUUGUGAUGCACAGGAUACUGACAGCUCAAAUCGCUACGCAAACAAUAACAAUAAUUCGAUGUCUACAGAUCUUAGCUAGCUUGUUAUCUUUCUGGCUGUUCUGUUAACGUUAUCGUGUUUGCUGCAUAUGUGCUUCGUCUAUGGAAGCCAAAAGCAUCGCGAACGCUCUACCGAAUGGGGGGAGUUUGUGUAUGACAGCGUAUACUAGCUCUCAUGUCUUGGUUACUUAGGUAGCUAGAUGCCUAAGAACUAGGAUGAUUUAUUAACGUUACAGAAAUGAAAUAAAAAUGCGCCGGCUAGUUUAACAAGGCAACAUGUGCCGUUUCGUUCAGCAAUCCACAUUGUUGAUUAGCGAGGGUAAUAUCAAAUCAGCUUGAUAGAUAAAUCAAAGAUAAUAAAAUAACACCCUGUCCGAACAUAUAUUGUUUGCUGGCGUUAGCUGAUGAAGAUACCAGCUAACUAUUAUUAUUAAUUGCUAGACUAACUCUUUAUCUAUUAAUUUUGGCAGUUGGCUUACAUUACAAGCUGCCAGUUUAGCUUGCAGGAAAAUGAGCCAACAUGGGUUGCUAGCUAGUGGUAGUUAGCGAGUUAAGCCCAUUUUAUUCGCUAUUUCCACCUUUGCCGCACUGUUUGAUGACAGCACGGGAAACGAAGCUACAUCGACUAACUCGAUAUAAUCCAAAUAUCUAGACCAAAAUAAAUACGUAUCAUGACAACGAUGAUGGAACCUCAGAAAGAUGUCCCGGAGGAGGAUACAUCGCCUUCCCUCCCAACCUUGUCCAGAGAGCGCCACCCGCUGCAGAAGAACCCCGGAUACAGACGGACUCUGCACCUUCCGCGGAUUGAGGGAAUAAGGGUUGGACACAUCCAAAAAGUGUCUCUGGUGCCGAACAAAGUCCAUGAGAUGCGGACUCUGAGCUUGAAGCCUCUGCUUUUUGAGAUCCCAGGCUUCCUAUCAGAAGAGGAGUGCAGUGUGGUGGUGCAGCUGGCUCAGCUGAAGGGCCUGACGGAGAGCCAGGUAAUGGUGCCUGAGGACCAGGAGGAGUUGACCAAGCAGCUGGACCUCAGUCCAGAGGAAAUCUUCAACCUGUUGGACCUCAACCAAGAUGGUCAACUGCAGCUACAAGAGAUUCUGACCCAUUCACGUGUGCGGGACGGGAUCUGGCUUACUCCAGAGAGUCUGAGAGAGAUAUACGCAGGGCUCCAGGCAGACCCAGAUGGCGAUGGCUUCCUUAGCCUGGAGGAGUUUAAACGGCUGAGCAGUAAUGCUUUCCAGCGGUUUCUGCAGCAGCGUGGGGUGAAGAAGAGCCAGCUGGUGAGGAACAGCAGGCACACAUGGCUGUACCAGGGCGAGGGGGCACACCACGUUCUGCAGACACUCAGGAAGAGGGUCACGCGUCUGACCCGAUUGCCGUCCUCCAUAGUGGACCUGAGUGAGCCCCUGCAGGUGGUGCGCUACGAACAGGGGGGUCAUUACCAUGCCCACCAUGACAGUGGCCCGGUGUAUCCCGAAACUGCCUGCACCCACACCCGUCUGGCAGCCAACCACUCAACCCCCUUUGAGACCUCCUGUCGGUACAUCACAGUGCUGUUCUACCUGAAUUCUGUGGAGGGGGGCGGAGAAACCACCUUUCCUGUGGCUGACAACAGGACAUAUGAGGAAGUGUCUCUGAUCCAGAAUGAUGUGGACCUUCUGGACACACGAAAACACUGUGACAAGGGCAACCUGAGGGUGCAGCCGGCCAAGGGCACAGCGGUCUUCUGGUACAACUACCUGUCUGACGGCAAAGGUUGGGUUGGUGAGCAGGAUGAGUACUCCCUGCAUGGUGGCUGUGUGGUCACCCGUGGCACCAAGUGGAUCGCCAACAACUGGAUCAACGUGGACCCGGACUACCAGCGCCAGGUUCGGUACCAGCAGCUGGUGUCCCAGCAGCAGCGUUCAGAGACCCACAAUACCGAGCAGGACUCUGCCCAACACAACCACCUCCACCAGGAUCUAUAGCACCUCCCCCUCAAUGUGCCCAAUGUGCACCUCCCCUCAACGUGCCCCACCAGAACCUUGUAACAUGUCCCUCCGCCUAAUGUAGCUCCUCCUCCUAACCUCCUAAAUUACCCCAGUACCCCACACCAGGACCUGUGGCACUUCCCCCAAAAACAGCACACCCCCACCCAAACCUCACCAAACCCGAUAAAGCAGGAUAUGAAGUACCUCUCCCUAAUAUAGCACCUCCCCCUAAAUGUUUCCAAACCCCCUUUCCUGUUGCCUCUUUCCCUGCCUGUACUAAAGGGGUUUGUUUUAGCAGUGUUGGAAUUUUCUUCCCACUUAGAACCACUGUGAAACACACAAUGCAUGCACAUACCCCUGGGAGCAAUGGGAUUGCAGACUGGAGGCCCAUUACUGAUGUAUCAAGUUUGUAUCAAGUGUCCCAGCUUCGUCCAUGGCAGGCUUUAUGAAUGACAUUAGUGCACCUCUUCUCCUGAUUCACAUUUACCAAAGGAACUGUACUGCACUUUCUUUUUCUCUUCGCUAGUGUUGUUUUCUGGGUUAUGUGUUUAACUUAUGGCUAUGCUCAGGGGUCUGCAUGGAGUGAGGAAUACGAUGUCCGCCUUUCACGUGCAAACCUUGCACAUGCAUGCACAUGCAGAUGCACACACACGCAAGCAUGCACGCACACACACACACACACACACACAUACAUAUACUUAUGCACAAUGAAGGAACAUGAGGACAUAUAGGGAUAUGUUGGGAGCUUUGCCCCUAAAAAUUCCCUGUCUUUGACCUGCCUGAGAUGCACAGUAUAGUUCAGGAGACAGGUGGGUUUGAGUUUAUGCAACUAUAAAUAAUAAUAAUAAUAAUAAUAAUAAUAAUAAUAAUAAUGGCCAUGGUAAUCUCAUCCUCUGUUUUCCAUUUCAAGUUGGUGUCUUAUAAAUCCUUUAACUAAAUAUAUGUACUAUACCUCCUGUGGGGAGCUUUGCAUGAAUCGCCUCCAUUUGGGCUGUGUACCCUUUUGUAGUGAUGUGCAAAAUUGCCUCCUAACUGGGCCAUUGCCAUCUGAACUGCAGCCCCCCCCCCCCCCCCCAUACAAAAAAAGCACCCCAGUUGCACUGCAUUCUUAGAUCUUUCUCUUCUUUUCAUGUGGAUGCUGUUUCCGAAAGUAAUGCUGAAGUUUUGUCUCCUUUGUGCCUGUUUUAGCCAUUUGAUACAUGAUCACAGCCUUGGUCGUAGUGCAUUUUGACACACCUGAACUGUGAUGCAUGUCCAAGCUCUUGAACUUGAUGUGCAAAAUUUAAACUCUUUGUAAAGCUAUGACGAGAGGUCCACUGACCAAAAGCUUAGCUUGUUCUUAAAAUUUUUUUCAAAAUAUUCAGUGUGCAUGGAUCUUUUUGUUCUCAUCAGAAUUUAAACCCUCUACACUGGUCACAGUCCUUAGUUUCUUAGAAGCCUGUUUACCUGUCAGUUGAAUCAAAUGUGUCGUCAUCUUUUUAGCUGUACUUGGGAUGGUAUUUAUAAUUGUUAUGUAUGUAUCGUAGUUAGUUAUUUGAUCACACUACUUGUGUUGGUUUGACAAUGCACUGAAUCACUUUCUUUAAUGCUAUACAGAAAAUUCAAAAUUGGAGUAAUUUAUGAAAUAUAGAGCACGUGCUCUUAUAUUAAGGUUAAUAAAGGAAAAUGUUUUCUGAA